UAGUAAAUAUAUAUUCGUAAAAAAAUUAAAAUGUCAUUGCUACCACCAACGCCACAGCAACAGAAACGAAUCCACGAUGAGUUGCCACCUGAUUCAGAAAUGAGAAAACGCGAUAUCUUAGCAAUCAAAGAAUGGCUUACAAAGCAGCCACAUUUGCCAAACCACAUGGAUGACAAGAGAUUAGAGCAUUUUUUAUUUGGUUGUAAAAAUAGCAUAGAGAGAUGCAAAUUAAUUCUCGAAACAUACUUCAGCGCACGGACGGCUUUACCUGAAUUUUUUUAUAAUAGAGAUCCACUAGCAUGUGAUAUCCAACAAAAUUGUGAUGUCGUGCAAUAUUUCGUAUUACCAAAAUUGACUGAAGAAGGAUAUAGAGUAACGAUAUUUCGACUAAAAGAAACGAUGCUCGAAAGAUUCUCCUUAACUGCUAUAACAAGACGAAUUCUUAUGGUAUUGGACAUUCGCCUACGAGAAGAAGCAUCUUUAACAAAUAUUAUGAUCUUUGAUCUCAAGGGUUUUUGCGCCGGACACUUUACUAAAUGCAGUCCAACACGAUCUAUCGUGAGAAAAGCAAUGCUCGCCACCCAAAACAGCAUGCCGUUUAGAUUGCAUAGGAUUCAUUACCUUAAUGCACCGUCUUUCAUUAGUAACGUUUUAAAUAUUUUUUAUCCCCUGCUGAAGGAAAAACUCAUCGAAAAGUUCCGCAUACAUACCGGUGGUUUUGAAGAACUAUAUCCUUACCUGGAUAAAAGGAUUUUACCAAAUGAAUGGGGUGGAGAAGCUGGAACUUUAAACGAAUUAAAUGAUGCAUGGCGCUUGAAAAUCGAGAAGCAUCGGGACUGGUUUCUACGUGAAGAGAAACUAAGUAAAACAGAUGAAAAUGCUCGAUUACCAUGUAAUAAAUCAUUAAUAGAGAAGCAUCUUGAAGGAGUCCAGGGAUCCUUCCGCAAGUUAAAUAUUGACUAGUCUUUUUCUAGUUACCUUUCUCCUCUUUAUUGUUACUUAUGAUAAAUCAAUGUAUGUAAAUUGAUAAUUUUAAUCACUAACAUAAUAUUUGUA